AUGACCGUCACUGUUCUGGCGACCCCUUCAGUCAUCACUACUACUACUACAACUAAGACGAAGCGUCGCGGACCGUUACUGGCUAUCGAUAUGGCUGCGUCCCAGGCGCAGGCGCGUCCUGCCGCGCCUGGAAGAACCGGGGGUAGAAGAUCGAGUCGGCGCUUGAGCAAACAGGAUAAGGGCGAGGAGAAUGCAAAUGCGAAUUCGGCAGCGAAUGUGCCUGUCGAUGAAGAGGAGGACGACGGUUUUCAGUUCACGCGCAUCGCGACGAAAAAGGCCAGACCCUCGACGGAGACAAUUCAACCUGCAAUUUUGCCGGCAGUUUCAGAUCUGAAUACGGCGCCGCAGCCGUCGCCGAGGAGGGGUCGGCCGCCCAAGAAAAAGCCGACGGCCAAAACGACCACGACGACGAGACGGAAAACCAAACAGAGUGAGGGGACAGGCAAGAGGACGACGCGGGGUGCCGCGAAGGCGAAAGAGACUCAGCCUCAGCCUGAGCCAGAACCAGAACCAGAACCGGAGCCCGAGCCCGAGCCUAAAUCGCAGCCACCAGUCCAGACGCAGCCAGAACGUACGAGGCGGUCGACGCGAAAGCUUGAUCAGGGGGAAACGGUGCCAUUGGAGAAGAAGCGGAGGAAAGGACGGCCUAGCAAUUCGAGAAAGGAGGAGCAGAUUAAGCCACAACAGCCAACGCCGCAGCCGGAACCCGAGCCGCAAGAGCAACGAGCGUCACAUCACAAUGGGUACGUGUCGCCAGAGCCGCCGCAGGCUGGAACAGCCACAAUUGCGUUGCCUUUGGCCGACACACCGGUCAUACAACGAAAUCGGGAGAUGCGCGGGAAGAAAUCCGUGAAGGGGAACAACAGGCGGAGUAGUCUGGGGAUGAGAGGCCGGCGAGCUAGCUCGCUUAUCGACUCUGGGGCGUCCAACGCGUUACCACAUGGGAAAGUAGACACGGCGGAUUUCUAUAAACAUAUUGCCGCAGACCUACCGGAGCCGCGGCGAAUGCGGCAGCUUCUGAUCUGGUGUGGUACCCGAGCCAUAGGCGACAAGCCUUCUGGGUCGCGCUCAGAGGAUGAGAGCGCUCGGUUAGCGGCACGGGUUAUACAGGAGGAACUGCUCAAAGACUUUUCUACGAAUUCCACGCUCUCGAACUGGUUCGAACGGGAAGACCUGAAUCCACCAGCCGUGGUGGUCAAGAAGGAGAACCCGAAGAACAUCCAGAAUGCCGAGAAAAUCAAGGAAUUGGAGGAGUUGAUACAAAAGCUGCAAAAAGAGCGGCACGCUCUCAAUGUACUCUUACGACCACCCGACAUCCCCCGUAUCAAAGAACAACCGCCUGAGACAGAUCCCAAUUCAUCCUCCUAUCCUUCAUCAUCUAAGCUUCACGAGCCGAUCGACCUCUCAGUAUUAGAUCCAGCGCAGCGCAGGAUAUACGCGCAGAUCGAUCCAGAGGCCGCGAAACAACAAGACGAACAGCCAGACCCACAACUACCACAACCACAGCCGACAGAUGGCGAACCAAUGGAGACAGACCCUCAACCAGCAACAGCAGCCGCAACAGCCUCCGAAACCACCUCCUUCCUACCUCCCAUGUCCCCUACCACCAUCUCCACCCGCCUCUCCCGCGUGACCAGCACCCUCGCCCCGACUCUCGACGCCCUCGCCGCGGGCAUCCACAACCUCGAACUUUACCGCUCCACCUCCGACGCCGUCUCCUCGCGAGUCCUGCGCAUCUGCGCCGAGCGUCUCGAGGCCCGAGACGCCCGCAACAGCAUGCGUCAGUCCGCCAGCACCUCGACCGAAGCCCAGAAGGACCUCAGUCUCCGGCCACGACCCAAAGAAGACCUAGGAUUGAUACUGGGGGCGUUGAGUCGGGUGGAACGUCGAGCUUGA